AUGAAUAUUCAGGAGGAGACUCUGCUCACUCUUGCUCUCCCCAAUUCCACCAAAUCAACUCUACCUUCAGCUGCAACCACAAAACGUGCCCUCUCUACUACACUUGAUCUUCAUCUUGGCACCAAACAUGUCGUUGGAUGGCCACCGGUGAGAGGAAACAGAAAGAACAUUUCCAUGAAAGCUUGCAAGUACGUCAAAGUUGCGGUGGAUGGAGCUCCAUAUCUAAGAAAAGUCAAUCUUGAAAUCUAUGACGGUUAUGACCAUCUUCUGAGGGUAGUGGAUGUCAUGUUUGGUAGUACUAAUUUGAUGAAUAAGAAGAAAUACAUGGUUACCUAUGAGGACAAAGAUGGUGACUGGAUGUUGCUUGGAGAUGUACCCUGGAAGAUGUUUGUUGAAUCAUGCAAGAGAAUAAGGCUUAUGAUUAACAUGAAGGAUACUACUAGUUCCAGUUCCAGAUGUACGGGUUCCAGUGAGAAGAAUUAG